GGGGCGGCCCCGCCCGUGUGCCCGCCCCUUCGCGGCCUCCGUAGGCGCGCUGGGCGGCCCCGCCCGCCGCUCUCGCGAUUUAACGGCACGGGCCGCCCGGCCGCGCAGUCUCCGGCAUUGCUGUAGCGCCGCCGAGAUGGCGUCCACCAGCCGUUUGGAUGUGCUUCCGAGGGUGACUUGCCCAAAUCAUCCAGAUUCCAUUUUGGUGGAGGAUUACAGAGCCGGUGAUAUGAUUUGUUCUGAGUGUGGACUAGUAGUAGGUGACCGGGUCAUAGACGUGGGGUCGGAGUGGAGAACGUUCAGCAAUGACAAAGCAACCAAAGACCCGUCCCGAGUUGGGGAUACCCAGAACCCUUUGCUGAGCGACGGUGACUUGAGUACAAUGAUUGGCAAGGGCACAGGUGCAGCAAGUUUUGAUGAAUUUGGGAAUUCAAAGUACCAGAAUCGCAGAACUAUGAGCAGCUCUGAUCGCGCGAUGAUGAAUGCCUUUAAAGAAAUUACGAACAUGGCAGACAGAAUCAACCUCCCUAGAAAUAUAGUUGAUCGAACAAAUAAUUUAUUCAAGCAAGUGUAUGAGCAAAAGAGCCUGAAGGGGAGAAGUAAUGAUGCUAUUGCUUCAGCUUGUCUCUACAUAGCCUGUAGGCAAGAGGGCGUUCCAAGAACAUUCAAAGAAAUAUGUGCAGUGUCCAGGAUUUCGAAGAAAGAAAUAGGCCGGUGUUUCAAGCUGAUUUUGAAAGCUCUGGAAACCAGUGUUGAUUUGAUUACAACUGGAGACUUCAUGUCACGAUUCUGUUCUAAUCUGGGUCUUCCCAAACAAGUACAAAUGGCAGCAACACACAUUGCCCGUAAAGCUGUGGAGUUAGAUUUGGUUCCUGGGAGAAGCCCUAUCUCUGUAGCAGCUGCAGCUAUUUACAUGGCAUCACAGGCUUCUUCAGAGAAAAGGACACAAAAAGAAAUUGGUGAUAUUGCCGGUGUGGCUGAUGUUACGAUUAGACAGUCGUACAGGCUGAUCUAUCCUCGAGCUCCAGAUCUUUUCCCAGCAGACUUCAAGUUUGAUACCCCAGUAGACAAACUACCACAGCUGUGAGAUGGCAGAGGGUUAAUUUCUGUUAACCCCCCCAAAAAACCCCAACAAAAACAAACUCUUUAUUUUUGCCUAUAAUAAAGGAUGUACAAAGUGUUAAUAUUGGGUCUUCGUGUUGUGGAACUGGAGGAUGUGGAGAUGGAGCAUAACUGCUGGAAGGCAGCACACAUUCCAAGGGGUAAACAAGCUCAUUGUGUGGCAUUUUGUAUGUAUAUAUUAGUGGAAGUAAAUAUUUAAUAACUGUUGCAACAAAUUUAAUUUGGUAUCGUUGUACUUAUUUAGAUUUCUUUUGUAGGGAUCUAGUAAGAUGUAUUUUGGAGAACUUAAGAUAUUGUGUAAUUCCAAAUAAACUGUUUUCCAAAAACA